GCUGCUUUCCAAAACACGGAAAACCCCAAAGAUGCAUGUUGUCAAGCUUGCCUUUAGUCGAGUUCUCAAUUAAUUGAACCCAUCGAAUUGUUCAGAAGUUCAGACACCGCUUUCUUUAUUCUGGCACAUUCUGAUUGUCAGACACUAGUCUGUUGGGAAUAUGAACGAUAUGAUUUGUCAACUCCAACAGCUACCGCGUUACAUGGAGUCCGAAAACAGGAGAUUCCAACCGUGGCGGGACUACAUGAAGCUAGCGGACGCAGUGCGGGAGAUGCAGUUAGGGAACUUCACAUCAGAACCGUCAACUGUUGAGGGUCAUGACUCCAGGAUAUGGUCGACCAUGGUGGAAUUUGAACAGUUCCCGUCGCGAGCCUUGCUGUCACCGAUAGCACCGGUGGCGACACCACCCCUAUGGCACGAAAUGGAACCCCUGGAUUCCGAAAUCGUCCCCUUGCAUAAACACGCUGCUUUACGUCCGAGCAGCACCGAGGGUCCCGAGCCCCCUACAGCAGCGUCCAGAUCCUCCGGGGGCCAGAGGGAGAGAAUGAAGGCGACCCGCUCUAAGACACCGGAGGAGGUGUCAUCACCUGAGCGCAAGAUCUGCAGCUUCUGCAAACACAACGGGGAGUCUGAGUCUGUGUUUGGGUCCCACAGUCUAAAGGACCAGGAUGGGGGCGUGGUGUGCCCGUACCUGCGGCAAUAUAUCUGCCCUCUCUGCGGGGCCACCAAGGCCAAAGCCCACACCAAGCGCUUCUGUCCCCGGGUGGAAACCACCUACAACUCGGUCUAUGUCAAGUGAUAGAAGCGCUAACUCUGGUCCAGGCCGUUUACUGUGCUACCCUCUAGACCUACUAACAUAGUCAACUUGUUGUUGCGGGAUGGGUGGGACCAGAGCUAGAGAAGCGCUGGAGAGACUUCAGGGACUUCACUGUUGUUUUGCAGACUUUCUUGAGCGUCUCUAGCGCACUGUAUGCGGACAAUUGUAAGAGGAUUUACGAGUGGAUAUUUAGCUUAGACGCAGUUUGGAACAGGCUGACAAGUUUGUAGACUGUGUAAUUUCCUGUUAGUCGUGUGAUUUUUAUUAUUUAUUUCCUUGACUUUUUCUCGUGUGUUUUCAACCAUUGUCGCAUAUUUCUGUGUAUUUAUGACGUGAUUAUUUGCGUGCAUUUAUUUUCAACACAUUUUGGGUUUGAGUUUUCUGUUUUUACUUUAAAGUGUAAAUGUCUCUGUCUGUGACCAAACUAACUGCGUCUUUACAUGUUGCUGUGAGAUUUUGUAAAACCUCCCAACCUCUAAUACCGUGUCUACUAAUAAACCGCCCUUAUCAACAAACUCUCACUGCAGAAUUCGACGUUUAUCCACGUUUCUCCCUGCUACUUUUGGGAGGAAAAACGGAAGUGUUGUCUUGUUUUGAGACUUGUUUUCCUGACUUUAAAACGACAUGCUCUAAUCUAACUGUACAUCUGCAGGUCUACAGGCCUAAAAUAACUAUUAUAAGAAACUUACUAUUGACAAGACAACUGCUAUUUUAUGAUGUGGUGUGCGCCACAUCAUAAAAUAGCAGUUAUCUUGUCAAUAGUAAUACUUUGUAUUUCUCAUUUACCAUGCUAGCUACUAUUAAGAACUGUUAUACUUGUAUUUGAAUUACUUUAAUAGAUCUAGAAGUGUUCUUUUUUUUUAUUUAAAAUUUGACUUUUCAACCUCGAUGCAUCUCACAUUGGCUGUACAGGACUUUAAUGUUAAGUCUAAUGUCACUUUAAAGAACUGCUCUACUCUAUGUUGAAUAGUAUGUUUGUUUAUUAUUAUACAUGUCUUCUAUAAUAAUAACAAUAAUAUCUGCAUUGGC